CGAGAGUUUUUGGGUUUGCUCAUUUAAUUAAUAUUUAUUAAACUCACUUCAGCACAAACUGAAUCAUUCUUUUUAACGCCCAUGCAACAGACACACCCAGUGAAAUCCCAAUCUUUAGAAGAAGAGCAGGUCAAGACGAAGCCAGCUGGGGCUGAAACCCUAAAAUCCAUCAUUAAAUGUGCACGGUGACAUAGCAGCAGUGAAAAGGAACCAUCAUACAGCUCCAUGUCCUCGUUAUCCCAGAGGGGCAGCAGGGACGGGGACACACAGUGCAGCUGGGCCUGCUGCGGCCUAGUUUGGUCCAGUGCAGCCUAGCCAGGCCUGGUGCGGCCUAGUUUGGUCUGGCAAGGCCUAGCCCAGUCCAGCGAGGCCUACUUUGGUCCGGUGCGGCCUAGCCUGAUUCGGCAAGGCCUACUUUGGUCCGGUGCGGCCUAGCCCGAUUUGGUGUGGCCUAGUUUGGUCCGGUGCGGCCUAGCCUGGUUCGGCGAGGCCUACUUUGGUCCGGUGCGGCCUAGACCGAUUUGCCGCGGCCUAGUUUGGUCCAGUGCGGCCUAGUCCGGUUCUGCGAGGCCUACUUUGGUCCGGCACAGCCUGGCCCGCUUCGGCGCUGCCUGGACAGGCCGGUCCAGCCCGGCCAAGCGCGGCUCAGAGCAGACCACAGCAGGCGGAAGGACCGGGGCCGUCCCCGUUAGUGCCCGCCCCGGAAGCCGGGGCGGUGCGGCGUUGCCGUGCCGUCGGCGGGGAGAUGGUGCUGCUGAGCGUACCGCUGUGGCUGCGCAGCCGCCUGACCGAUCGCUUCUGGAGGGUGCAGGAGGUGCUCAAGUAUGCCCGGCAUUUUCGUGGAAGGAAGAACCGCUGCUAUAAGUUGGCUGUACGAAAUGUUCGGAGAGCUUUUGUGAAGUCAACACAGGCCAGAAAACAGAAGAAAAGGUUCCUAAGAGCGCUCUGGAUCACUAGGAUCGAAGCAGCUUCUCUUGAACAUGGUUUGAAAUACUCAGCUUUUGUAAGCAAUCUGUUUAAGACCCAGGUGGAGCUGAAUAGGAAAAUGAUUGCCGAUUUGGCCAUUUAUGAGCCAAAGACAUUCAAGUCCCUCGCUGCUUUAGCCCAGAGGAGGAGACAAGAAGGUAUCCUCGCCGCCCUUGGAGAUGGGAAGGAACCAGAGGGGAUAUUUUCACGUAUCGUGCACCACUAUUAACAUCCAGCACCUGCAGAUGGGCGUCGUGAGCAGGAACUCGUAGUGCAGGGCAGACCUGCUCACUGGCUGAGGUCAGAGCUGUGGAACAGCCCCGUGAUGAUUCUGGCAGGGUGGAAGGGCAGGGCAUGUUUGUGUGGGUGAGUUGUAUUUUCCCUCUGUUACGUGUGAGAUGUGUUAAGAACGGGAGUUUGGUGUCAGUGGUGACACCUGUAGGAGUUCUGAUGUUAAAAUGUCUAUAGUGUGCAUACACCUGCUGUUAAAGACUUAAUAAAGAUUCUUUUUUUUUUUAACAAACAAUUUCCA